UGAUGUUAUAGCACUAUAAUCGUGAAAUUGUUGUAAGAUUCACAUGUUUUAUUUAUUAAUUAAUUUAUUAUUUUCUCUUAAUAAAUAUUAUUAUUGUGACAAGUGAUUGUAAAAAUAGAGACAAUGGAAUAAAUAUUUGUCACUCAACUUUGAUGGAAAAUUGUAAAAUAAUUGAAUAAAUGAAACAUUAAAAAAUAUUUUACGACUGGACUGGAAAUUUAAAAUAACAAUAUGAAUCGGGUAAUAAAAGAUGAGAGCUGUAUACCGAAAGAAGCGUUACUAGUUAAAGUACCAAGUAUAAUAAAUCCGUAUUAUAUGCGAAUGUAUGAAGUCGAUAACCAUGCAUUCAAAGCGAAUGCAAUUCGUAAAAAAUUGGAAAUCUACGCUAAGAAGAAUCUCAAUUUUCAAAAAGAAGUCAAAGAAAUGUUAAACUUAAACGAUUCCUUAAUUGUAAUGAGCAGUCCCGAUAAUGAUAUUCCAGCAUGGUAUUGUAGAGGAAUUUUAGGACAUAUGACUGAUGAUCAAAUGAAAUUUAAUGUUUUUCUACCUGAUUAUGGAAUUUCUUCUAUUUUGACGCCAAGUGAUUUUCGUAAAGUACCAGAAGAUGCUAUUCCCGAUAAAUAUUUGUCAGAAACAAUUGCAUUAAAUAAUAUUCUUCCAGCAUCUGUUGCCAAAAAUAAUAAAUCAAAAGUAAAAACUAUCGUAACUAUUGUUGAAGAAUGGACAGAAUCAGCUAUUGGUUUCACAAAAGAAUUAGUAGGUGCUUCAAAUAGAAUUUAUUUUCAUCCUACCGGUCACGAUGAAAAUGAAAAAUUAUUUGGCGAAUUAUAUUUAGAUAUUGAAGAUGAAAUAAUAAUACUUAGCAAAGCUUUAACUUACAGUUUCUUCGCUGUUAAGUUAAAUAAAUCUCUUUUGAAUGUUAUGUAUAGUCCAGAUUCAUUUAAAAAUGGUGAAGUAAAAAGAAUUAAUGGUAGCAUAUUAAUUGAUCAAUGUUAUUUGGAUGACGAACCUCAUGAAUUAGCAUUAAAAGUAAAGGAAAAAAAUUCCGAUGAUUCGAGCGCAAGUAACGAAACAGGAACUGAAGGCGAAAAAUUUAGUAGUCAGGAUUGUAAUAUUGUUGCAAUUGAUGGAAGACAAAAGAAUAUGUUUAAAAAACACGAUCAAGAGAUAUUUGUUCGAAGUAAAUUUGCUUGUAAAUGUUUAGAAAAUAUUGUAGACGCACGAUUUCCUGAAAAAAUUCAUAAAGUUCUUGAAAAUCAACAUAUUAAUCGACCAAUGAAAAUUGAAUCGUAUAUGUGGCCAGCUAUUGCAAAAGGUCUUGAUGUUAUUGCAAUAAGUUCUUCACGCGCUGGAAAAACUUUUGGCUAUUUAUUGCCAAUUGCUAGUUAUUUGGCUACAAAUAAACUCGCUACAGGAACAAAACCAACUACAUUAGUUCUUUGUUCAUCGUCAUCAAAUGUUGAUACAAUUGCUAACCUUUUUCAAGAAUUUUUACAAGAUUAUCCACACAUUAAAGUUGUUUCUGCAUUAAAUGGAAAACCAGAAAAUACCCUAAUGGCACAUAUACUUAAUGGAUGUCAAGUACUCGUAUCAACAGUGCCAUUUUUGACUAGAUUUCUCCGGAAAUAUGGAAAAAAUGAUGUUCUUAAUUUAGACUUGAGUCGACUUCGACAUAUAAUUCUUGAUGGCGGUGAUGUUAUGUUAGACAAAUACAUGGAAUCGAUGAUGGAAAUAUUUAUAAAACAUGAAGUAAUACGUGAGAAACAUGAUUUACGAGAUAAUGAUUUAUCGCUACAAAUGAUUGCUGUUGGAGAACAAUGGACAAAAGGUUUAAGUUAUUUUAUGGAUAAAUUUACUGUCUAUCCAUUUGUAUGCAUUGGAUCAUAUUUGGAAGCUGCUGCAUUUAAUCGUGUACAAGUUAAACUCUUUAUACUUCGUAUGGAGGAUAAACAUGCAAAAAUUUUAGAGACAAUAAACAAAUUAUUGGAUUCAAACACUGAGAAGACAAUGAUUAUUUGUACUAGUGUAAUAGAGGCAAAAAAUUUAAAUGAAUUUCUACGAGUAAAUGAAAAAAAAACUCUUCUCGCUCACAGUGAAAUGCUUUUUAACGCUGUUCAUGAUAUCAAGCAUGAAUGGGAUAAUAGUGUUUCUGGAGUUUAUCCAAUUCUUAUUUGCACAGACGAUAUUCUUUCGGAUUUAAAUAUAAAAGAUGCAAAAUGUUUGAUACAUCAUUCUAUCAAUUCAACUAAAAAAACAAGAUUUUAUUAUAGAUUUUCAACAUUAAGAGCCCAUUGGCAGAGGACUGACGUGAGAUGUAAAGUUUUUAUCAUGGUGGAUUUCAGUAAUAAUAAACAAUUCAAUGGUUUAUUGGAUAUUAUGAAAAGACUUCACGCUUCUUUACCAGCAGAAUGGAUUAAAUCAGCUAAAAUUAUUGCAUUAAAUUUGGAUAAAGAAAAAAGGGCUUAUCCAAUUUGUGACAAUAUAAAAGCAAUGGGUUUUUGUCCAAAAAAUCCAAAUUGCUCCUAUAGACAUUGCAUUCUUAGUCCUGAAGAUGAUCCAAAAAUUGAUGUACAAAUAGGAGAUAAGGUGGAAUUAAUGGUGACAUAUAUACAUAAUGCAUCGCAUUUCUCUGCGAGAUUGGUAAAAUGCUACAAAACAGAUCAAAAAGAGCCAAUCACUUAUCCUUCAGAUGUUAAACUUUCAAUUGAAAUACAAAAUUUCUUCUCCAAUGUCGAAAAUAGAAAGGGACUUAAAAUUAUAAAUGUUGGAGAUAUUUGCGCUAUGGAAGAUACUAUCGAUAAUUAUUUGAGAGUAAAAGUUUUAAGUGUUGUAGCAAGAAAUGAAUUCGAUGAACCUUCAGAGGUUAUUGUGAAAUUUAUUGAUUAUCAUUCUGAUUUUAUAACAGUCAAGACAAGUAAAUUAUUGGACAUACCAAAAAGGCUUGGACAAUGGCAAACACACAAUUUUGAUGUUUAUUUAAAUAAUUUAGAAGCGUACGACAAAGAAUAUGAAUGGGAUAAAUGUGCAGAUAAGGCUGCUGCUAAUUGGUUUGAGGAUUUCUACACAUCAAAAUGCCAUGUGAUUGCAAGGGUAAAUCUUCAUCUUGAAAAUACUUUUUGGGUGAGCACAUUGGAAAUGAGAACGAAAAUUUCUGGAUUUCCUGAAUUUACUGUAUCAUCGUUACGUAAUUAUUUGAUAGAAAAAAAUCAUGCCAUUGAAAAUAAAGAACAUUUACCACAAUUAUAUCAACUUUGUAAAAGCGGUGGACUAGAAUUGAAAGAUUUAAAAAUUGAUGAAGAUUUUAAUGAACAUGAACAAGUGGAUUAAAUUUUUUUUAUCAUAAAAGAAAAAAGAAGACCGAGGUUUUUAUUUUUAUAUUUUAAAAAAUGACUCUCAAUCCACGUAAAAGUAUUUUUUUUAUUUUUAUAAUUAUAAUUAAAUUUUUGUUCUAUAUUCAUGAAUUAUUAUGUAAUUAAUCAACAAAGUGAUAAAAAUAUAUUUUGCAAUAGCAAAGAAUUUAUAAAUUUUUCACAAAAUGAAAAAUAAACGUUUUUUAAAGAAAAAAAAAA